AAAAACGCCUAACGCUCUGCGUUAUUAUCACCGACGGCCGGCGGCCGGCGGGGCUCUAUUCCGUCUAUCCGAUCUCCGACUAGGAGAAUAUCUAGGGUUUAUCCCGUAUCGAUUCCUGAACCUCCAAAGUCCAAUCUACAUUUCGAUCCAAUCCUAUCCUAGAAUGGCGGUUGUUCUAGGCGCGAAAGACGCAAUGGAAUGGUCUUAUAGAGGCGAAGGAGCUAUCAAUCUGGUUCUCUCUUAUCGCGGAAUCUCUCCUCGUUUUGCUGGAAAAGUUUUGAGGAUACAAAAGGUUCCAACGAAUGGGUGUGAAUAUGCGAAUGGUCAUCCAGGCCUAACCGUGCAUGAAAUCCAUCUCUGGAAAGAUGUCAAAGAUCUUGCAUCGGCUCCUACUAGGGAGAUUGCAGAGCAUUUCUUUGUCCAGCAUGUAAUGUGCCCAUUUUUGGGCCCUGAGCAUGUUGAUGCUGGGAUUCACAUCCUUGUAUCCAGAGAAUUUCUGGAGGCAGUUGAAAAGAAUGUCCUUCAUAAGCGCCCCACUUGGCGGGUUGAUGCUGCUAAGGUCAAUCUCCUGAGGGAUUCUAUUCUACUGAUGUCUGAUCAUUCAAUAUUCUCCCAUGUUACACCUAAAGAGGAACUGUGCAUAUGCGUUGAAAUAAAGCCCAAAUGUGGAUUCCUUCCAGCUUCAGAAUUUAUUAUAGAAAGCAAUGCUGUCAAAAGGAGAAUCACUCGUUUUAAGAUGCACCAGGCUCUGAAGUUUCAUCAAGGGAAGAUAUCAUAUAUAAGUGGAUAUGAUCCACUUGAUAUGUUUUCUGGGUCUAAAGACAGAAUAGACAAAGCAAUCAAGGAUCUUUUUAUGACCCCACAGAAUAACUUUCGAGUUUUUGUGAAUGGUUGUCUCAUAUUUGGGGGCUUGGGUGGUAGUGCAGAAUCUACAAAUUCUAAAACUGGCCAAGCAUUUGAAGAUGCACUCAAGAAUAUAAUUUUUGCAAAAGAAGGGAUGCGUACAAAUUUUUUUCUUGAGCUCAUUUCUGAGGCAGUUUUCAGUUCAGGAUUACUAAAUCGCCUUCUUGAAGUUCAGAAGCUUGAUACUUUUGACAUCGAGGGUGCAAUUCAUGUGUAUUAUAAUGUUAUUUCUCAGCCCUGUAUGGUAUGCAAAGAUUUAGACAGUGGCUUAUCAAAAAGGUUUAACACCCUGCAUUCUAUUUCAAUGGAAGAAAGUUGGAAGAUAUUGAGGGACUAUUUAAUAGCUGCUACUGCAAAGGACUUGAGUAUGAUGAUUAGUUUCAGAUCUCGAGAAGAUGGGAAAAGCGAGUCUUCAUAUGGUCAUGUCUCCUUAAAAUCCACCAACCAAACUUUUGAUUACAAGGCAUCUUUCAUUGACCUGGACCUGAAACCUUUGAAAAAAAUGGAAUUCUACUAUGAGUUGGACAAGAAGAUAGUCAGCAGUUAUUUAACAAUGGUAAAUUCAGUAAAGGGAGAUGGUAAAUUCAAGAAAGGGAAUGAUGCGUUCAGAUUAAUUCAAUACUGCAGAAGAUUCUGUGCACGCAGAUGAUAAUUCUGCUGGAAGAGUCUGAUGGUUCGGCAUGCUUCUCUCAUUUAGAAAUCUCAAUCCAAGGAGUUAUUGCCUCAAGGAAAAUGGAUACAUGGAAAAGCUAUGAGGUCUUGCUUCAAACUUAAGAGUAUUCUGUACUUGAAUCAGCAAGAAAACAGUGGUGUCAGUGGAUCUUCGCUGUUCGAAGUGUAGGUUGAAAGUGAUGAAGUUAAUAUCAAAAAUAGAAGGGAUAAACUCCAUUGUCCUUGAUGCUGCCAAAAGUACAGUGACAGUGAUUGGCGAGGCUGAUCCAGUAUGUAUCAUCAAACAGGUUAGGAAAUUCAGAAAGUCUGCACAUAUAACAAGUAUAGGUGCUCCCGAGCCAGAAAAGAAGAAAGAUGAGAAGAAUGAGAAGAAGGAAGACAAGAAAGAAGAGAAAAAAGAAGAGAAAAAAGAUGUUACUUGUUCUCUUCCCAGUACAUGCCAGAGAUGCCAUGUCUGGUACGUGAUGAGUGAAGAUUACUAUAGUCACUGUAACAUCUUAUGAUCAAAGUUCCUUAUAUAUAUAUUUUUAUCUGUUUACAAGUCUCCAUCUAUGACUAUUUGUGACCUGAAUCUAUCAUCGUGCCACCAUUCUUUGUUGCUGGCAUUCAUCUUCAUAUAAUUAAGUAUUUCUGCUUUA